GUUUCGCUUUACAUUUGGUCCGAAUUUCAGUAGUUCCCAAGAAAGAAAAAGGGGAAAAAAGAGCGAAAACGGAAGAAUAGAAUUGGGGAAUUGAUUAAAAAUCACUUUUUUUUUUGUGGGAAUUUUUAUUACUCUUUUCCAAAUCCGAAAAGAGAUCCAAACGGUUGCCGUAAGGAAUUGUUUGGAACUCUACGGCUCCAGUUCCACCUACCUGAAACAAAUUUUGAAAAUUUUUGAGAGAAAAGCUUCAAGCAACGACAAAAAACAACCCCCAAGUUCUCACACAGCUCUCUCCUUCCUUCUCUUCCUCUCUCUCUCUCUUUUUUCUUCUCUUUUUUGGGUUUUUGGAAACAGAGUGAGGGAGGAGGAAAGGUAUAGUUUCGCGAACCAGAAGCGAAACAACCAAAACUGCUUUCUAUAUUCCCAUCCCGUUUUUUGUUUUUGUUUUUUUUUUUUCCUUUUCUUGUUGUUCUUUCUGUUGAGUUCAUUUGUUCUACCUUUUCUGUUAAUGGGGGUUUGUUUCUGAACGGAAUUAACCUCCUUGGGUAUGCCUAUUGCCGUUUCAAAGUUUAUUUUUUCGAGAUUGUUGUGUGUUUUCUUCAAAAGUGAUUGAAAUUUUACCUUCGCUUUCUUAUUAGCUUCUUCUGGGUUGAUUUCUUUUCUCCUUUUAGCUUGUCUGGCCACUGGUUUUUGGAAUUCUAAUCGAUUCCUAGAAUCUGGGUAUGUGAUUUUAACAUACCCGUCUGAUUUUGGGUUUUCGAUUAGUGGUUUUGGUUUUGUGGGGAGGUUUAGAGCGGCUGGUUUUGGGUUUGAGUGAGGUGAAUUUGAGUUUUCUGGGACGGGAUUUCUCUGUUUUUUUUUGGGAAUUUUGGAGUAGUGGGGUUUUGGCAAAAUGAUGUUAUCGGCGUCGCCUUCGACGAUAGCUCGGAGCUCACUGGAGGAAAUGCUUGAUUCCCUCCGACGAAGGGAUGAGAUUGAGAAGCCUAAAGACUUGCCGCCUGCAUUGCCGUCUCGGCCGAUUUCGAGUGCUAAGAUUCCCCCGGUGAGACGGGCUUUGCCCGUCAAUUUCAGGAUAAGUGAUGACGGUUCCUCAGAAUGCUCGCUUAAUGGCUUUAAUGGAAGGGAAGAUGCAAUGAGGAAGGAGAAUGGUUUGGGUAACUUUGGAUUCAAGAGAAUGAAGAGAGAUCAAAACGACGAAUCGCCUUACAUGGUAGCUUCAGAAAAUGAUAAUGGAGAUCAAGUGGAUGGCUCGAAUGGUGCUUCAGUUUUACUGUCAAAUAUGGAGGACAGUAUCAAUUAUUUUCUUCAGAAGAAACUCCGUGUCUGGUGUCGACUCCAAAAUGGACAAUGGGAGUUGGGAACUAUACAAUCAAAUGCUGGUGAGGAGGCAUCUGUCAUACUCUCAAACAAAAAGGUUAUUAAAGUUCCAAUCAUAGAGCUUGUACCGGCUAAUCCAGAUGUAGUAGCAGGGGUUGAUGAUCUUACGCAGCUUGGUUAUUUGAACGAGCCCUCGGUUAUUCACAGUCUCCGGCGACGAUUUUCUCACGAUAAGAUUUAUAGUAAUGCAGGGCCAGUUUUGAUUGCAGUCAAUCCCUUGAAAGAUGCUGAACAGUAUGGAAAUGAAAUUAUUACAGCCUAUAGACAGAGAAUCAUGGACAGCCCUCACGUUUUUGCUACAGCAGAUGCGGCCUAUUCUGGGAUGAUGAAAGAUGAAGUUAAUCAAUCCAUUAUCAUCAGUGGUGAAAGUGGAUCGGGGAAAACUGAGACAACAAAAGUUGCACUACAGUACCUGGCUGCUCUUGGUAGUGUCAGUAUCGUAGAUGAUAGAAUCCUACGGGCAAAUUUUAUACUGGAAGCAUUUGGGAAUGCUAAAACCUCAAGGAACAACAAUGCCAGCAGAUUUGGGAAGUUGAUUGAAAUUCUUUUUAGCAGAACAGGGAAGAUGUCCGGUGCUGUAAUCCAGACUUUUCUGUUGGAAAAGUCAAGAGUUGUUCAGCUGAUCAAUGGUGAGAGAUCAUUCCAUGUCUUCUAUCAACUUUGUGCCGGAGCGCCAUCAACACUUAAAGAGAAAUUGCAUAUCAAAAUGGCUAGCAAGUACAGUUACCUUAAUCAGAGUGAAUGCCUGGUGAUUGGUGGUGUUGACGAUGCACGGAGAUUUCACACUCUUGUGGAAGCCCUAGAUAUACUAAAAUUCACUAAGGAAGAUCAAGAGCAUGCAUUUGGUAUGCUUGCUGCAGUUUUGUGGAUAGGAAACAUUUCGUUUCAAACAAUUGAUAGUGAAAAUCAUGUUGAGGUUGUCGCUGAUGAAGCGGUUGCAAAUGCUGCCAAGCUGAUGGGUUGCAGUUUUAAUGAGCUCAAGUUAGUCUUGUCAACCCACAAGGUGCAAUCUGGCAAGGAUAGCAUUGCUGAAAAAUCGACACUACGACAGGCAACCUAUACAAGAGAUGCAUUGGCUAAAUUUAUCUAUGCAAGCUUGUUUGACUGGCUUGUAGAACAGAUCAAUAAGUCACUUAAACCAGGAAGGCAGCAUUCUGGAAGAUCCAUAAAUAUCCUCGACAUCUAUGGGUUUGAGUCAUUUAAGAAGAAUGGCUUCGAACAAUUUUGUAUCAAUUAUGCAAAUGAGAGAUUGCAGCAGCAUUUUAUUCGGCAUCAGUUCAAACUUCAGCAAGAGGAUUAUGAAUUGAAUGGAGUUGAUAUCACGAAAGUCAACUUCACAGACAAUCAAGAGUGUCUGGAUCUUAUUGAGAAGAAACCUGUAGGAGUAUUAGCUUUGUUGGACGAAGAGUUAAAUUUUCCCAAGGCUACAGAUCUGACAUUUGCUAAUAAACUGAAGCAGAACUUCAAAUCUAAUCCUUGCUUUAAAGGAGAAAGAGGUCGGGCUUUUGGUGUCCGCCAUUAUGCUGGAGAGGUUGUAUAUGACACAAAUGGGUUUCUGGAGAAGAAUAGAGAUCUGCUGCAUUCAGAUUCCAUCCAACUCUUUUCAUCAUGUACUUGCAAGUUACUGCAAUUAUUUGCCUCCAAAAUGAUUAACCAUUCCCACAAACCAGCAGUUUCAAUGUGCUCCACAGAAGAAGUAGAAUCCCCCAAGCCAGGUGUUGGUACCAAGUACAAGGUUGUACUAUUUGACCUAUUUCAUAAAUUGGAGCGCACCGGCCAUCACUUCAUUUGUUGCAUAAGGCCGAACCGGAACCAGGUUUGUGGUGUAUUUGAGGAUGACCUUGUCUUACAGCAGCUUAGGUACUGUGGAAUUUUGGAGGUUGUUAGGACUUCAAGAUCUGGGUAUCCUACCAGAAUUACACAUCAAGAAUUUGCUGGAAGGUAUGGGUUCUUCCUUAAAGAAGCUGGUGUAUCUCAAGAUCCAUUAAGCAUAUCGAUUGCUGUUCUCCGACAAUUCAAUAUCUACCCUGAAAUGUACCAUGUCGGUUAUACCAAAUUGUUUUUCCGUACCGGGCAGAUUAGGGCAUUGGAGGAAAGGAGGAAGCUGGUUCUGCAGGGGAUCCUGGGGGUUCAAAAGUACUUCCGCGGUUCCCGCGCCCGUGACCACUUCUAUGAACUUAAGCAAGGAGCCACUACCUUACAAUCAUUCAUUCGUGGUGAAAACGCCAGAAGGAGAUGUACCGUUAAGGUGAAGAGGUUCCCAUUCACCGUGUACGCAUUCAGUGUUCCUCAAAAGCGUAAUGAACUGCGGGCAAUCAUAAGAUUACAAUCGGUAAUACGUGGUUCGUUUGAUCGGAAGCAUUUUAAGAGCAUGUGUGAUUCGAAGGAGUAUUUCCCUGAAAACAGAAAACUCAAACCAAACACAGGCAGGAGGAUUUCAGAGGAUAAAUCUCAAGAACAGGUUCAAGCCCUGCCCACAUCUCUGACCGAGCUUCAAAAGCGGGUACUCGCUGCAGAAGCAACCAUUGAGAAAAAGGAAGAGGAAAAUGCUUCUCUGAGGGAGCAAGUAAAGCAAUUCGAGGCAAGGCGGUUAGAAUAUGAAGCAAAGAUGAAGUCCAUGGAGGAUAUGUGGCAAAAGCAGAUGGCAUCUUUGCAGGUGAGUCUUGCUGCUGCUAAAAAGACUAUUGCUGCUGAAAAUGCACCACCUCACUACUAUGAUUCCGAAGAUACAUCUAUGGGAUCUCGAACUCAUGGUGGUACCACACCUAUGAAAGUUUCUGGAGUUUCUGAAGGCGGAGCAGGCCGAGAAAUGAAUGGUACUGUAGCUGCAGUGAACAAUCUUGUAAAGGAAUUUGAACAGAAAAGAACAACAUUUGAUGAUGAUGCCAAAGCUUUAGCUGAAGCAAAAUCAGGCCAGGCACAGACCGGGGCCAAUGUGAACCCAGAUGAAGAAUACCGUAAAGUUAAAGUCCGGUUCGAAGCGUGGAAAAAGGAGUACAAGGCCAGAUUGCGGGAAACAAAAGCAAAGGUUCAUAAAAAUGGACAUUCAGAAGUCGAAAAACUUCGUCGAAAAUGGUGGGGGAAGUUGACCACAAGAGCAUCAUAGGCAUGUUAAUUUGAGACAAUGAAUUCAGUUCAGCUAUGUGAAUGAAUGGAGAGCUCUUGAGUCAAGUUGUCUUCUCCUGACAACUUGUGGGAGUUGAGGCUAAACCUGGCAAAGCCAAGAAACGCAUCGGCCGUUCGUGAGACGGAUGGAGGGGGAGAGUGUCUAGAAGAUUGUGAAUAGCUAAAUAGUGAUGUGCUGAGAGAUUUCAGAACCGUCGUCUCCGCUGCAUAGUUUAGUUUGUUGUGUAUAGUUGGGUGUUGUCAUUUUAUUUAGUAUAGAUGUUGAUAGUUUGUAGCAAAAGGGGAAUAGAAGAAAGUAUAUUGGUUUGUACUGUACUUGUUAAUAGAGUGCCUGAGCUCUAUUAUUUAAUGGAAAGUUUUAGUUUACUGGUA